AUGCGACAAAUCGCUUCUCAUUGGCCUGAGUACAAUGUAACCUCGUUUAUGCCGUUGUGGCUCUUCACCGAUCAAUAUGCGAUUGUGAUCCCGAACACUAUACAAAAUAUCUGGAUAGCUCUCUUGGUGAUGAUCACUAUUGCUUUUAUCCUCAUUCCUCAGCCCUUCUGUGCGCUUUGGGUUGCCAUGGCUUGUGCUUCAAUCGACUUCGGAGUCAUUGGUUUCAUGACACUUUGGGAUGUGAACUUCGUCGACUAUUCUGCUCACAUAACCUAUGGAUAUGUGGUGUCCUCGCAACCAACACCAGCUUUGAAGAUUCGAGAGGCUCUUGGUUCACUUGGAUGGCCACUUUUCCAAGGAGGUUCUUCAACUAUUCUUGCCAUGGUUGUUUUGGCUGAUGUGCCGGUACAUGGUGGUCACCUUCUUCAAAACAGUUUUUCUUGCGAUCUCCAUUGGUUUAUUGCACGGCUUGAUCUUUUUGCCAGUGUUCCUAUCAAUCUUGUGCGCGGUUGCUGCAUAAUUCCGUUGCCGAAUGAUCGAGGACAGGAGGGACACCAAGUAGUACCAAAGGCAAAGAUGUCGACAAUUACCACUAUUGCUAGAGCUGCUUCCCCU